AUGGUUAAAGAGACCACUGCCCUCUUGUACCGCAUGACGAAAUACGGAAGAGACGAUGUCAAUGAUGUCGGACCUACCCUUGAUGCCCGCAACGCAUCAUCUCCGUUCGACAAGCCUACCGCGGACAUCAUUUUACGCUCGUCAGACCUCAUCGACUUCUAUGUGCGAAAGGCCAUCCUUGCGGAGGCCUCUACGUCCUUUGAUAGAUUGUUUCGUUUGCCCCCGCCUUCUGGGGCCAAUCAUGGUCAGAGGGAACAUAGGAACGGCAUACCUGUCAUCACCAUGGACGAAGACAGCGAGACGUUAGACCUCUUGUUGCGUAUAUGCUACCCAGGUCGCACCCCGAGCAUCAUCAUCGACAACCUGCAUCGUCUCAUGAUUGCGGCAGCAAAACAUUCAAUGGAUGCCGUUGUCGAAGUCGCCAAAGAUCGCAUGCACGCCCUUGCCACCGAGUCGCCGUUGCGCGUCUACGCCAUUGCUCUGCUAUGCGGUCUAAAGGAGGAAGCAAAGUUCGCGGCCAGGUGUUCUCUCGCACAUUCUGUACGCCGCGUGUAUGCACCAGAAUUCGAAGAACUUACCGCGGGUGCAUACUAUCGUCUCUUGGAUUACCACAUGCGGUGUAGUGACGCGAUAACGCCGCUUGUGGACGCUGUGGGCACUCCAAGCUAUGGCAAGUCGAUGGAUCGUGCUUGGGUGUUCGUAGGCAACGCAAACCAUCCCGGUUCAGCUUGCGCACGAACAAAGUCGUUCUGCAUUAUCGACGCGUCCGGAGGCCAGAAAUCGCAUCGUGCGACAGCGUGGUGGUGGAAUCACUUGGCAAAGCUUAAACAAGCGACCGAAGGGAGACCUAGUGGACAAGCCGUCCUCGAGACUGGCGUGGACGAUGUCGUAGAGGAAGCAUCAGUUUGCAACAUUUGCAGGGUAUCGGUCGCUGCAGAUAUGAGAGCGUUCAACGAGUUUAUUGCAGCCGAGAUUGACGAGGCAACAUCUCAGCUUGAAUUGGAUAUAUUGGACCUGUAG